CUCAAUAAACAAGCCCCGCUUGCCAGCGUAUUGUGAGAUACCGUGUGGGCCACGGCAGUAACACGCACCUCCGUUAGGCGUAUGGCAGAAAUUGGUCGUCUUAUCUCCUUAUCAGUGCCCGUCUGUCCUCGAUUUGUGCACCGUUCCAUCAUUUCGUCUGUUUAACAACGCGCGUGUGUAUGGUUGUGUGUGACGUUUAGCUCUGCUGUGUGCGCUGCAGUGUAUCUCUAUUAGCAGAGUGCAGGUGGAGCACUUUUCACGAACGCGCUAGAGAGAGAGAGAGAGAGAGAGAGGGAGAGAGUGAGUAAAAGACAGCGGCCAAAUCAAGCUAUCCCGUUUGCAGUCGCGCGUAGAAAACGGUGAAAGUGGGAAAGAGAGUGCACGCUUGAAAGGAGCGCCCUUCGCUCACUCGCUCGUACGUUCGUCCAUCAACCAAUAUACGCACCGCGGGUUUGCCCUGGACGCGAGAGGACGCACAGAGCGCAAACAUAGCAGAGCAGCAGUUGUUCCCAGCGUACGUACGGAGCGCGUUGCGUGUGGAGAGAAAACCCGUGCGGUGAAGGAAAAAAGCAGUGCAGUGUACCCGCGGUCACCAUUAUCACCAAUCAAACGUUUAUCAAUAAUUUCAACUAAAGCCUGAUUGCGCGUUGUGAUGCGCCUUUUAUAGCAAGAUUUUCACUACUCAAACUGCGGCGAACGAGCUACGAUUUUCCACGGUUUGUCGGUGUGCACGCGCGCGCGGGUUUGUCGGUGUGUGUGUGUGUGUAUGUUGCGCAGUGUGGAAAGCUGUCCUGCGAGAACGGACCCGCUAGAGAUUGGCCGAUGGUGGAAAAUGUGGAGCGGCUAGACGGGAACCUAACCAGACAACACAGAUCAAUCGCCCAGCGGUAAAGUUCAUCAAUGGAGUCCAUCACUCCCCCAUCAGCAGACACGAUGGCCUGACAACAUCACCAUCCAUACCAACGUACGGCACCUGCCGCUUGACGGGAAAUUUUUUUUGCGAAGGAACGACGCCACGCAAAAUAAUCAACGGUGCCGCUGCAAAAAAUAAAGCCUCCCUCCAAAACGAGCCAACCGGUGUUUGCUGGGGAUAUUUCGUAAAGCAAAACAAAAAACCGAAAAGAGGCGCACAACAACACGGGCGCGCCAUUUCAGACGAUACACGCCGACGCACGCGAUAACCAACCGCAAAAGGGUCUCUAGCGGCAAGAGUGCAACACAAAGGUUAAUGCGCAUGCACAAGCGCGCAUAAGGCGAGACAGAGAGAGAGAGAGAGAGAGAGGGAGAGAGAGCGAGAGUGGACCUCUUGUCGCAAAAGCAGUUAAAAUUCAGAUGUCGAAGCGCGUUUGGGCUUACAUCGCGAAACACACUCCGUAGGCAAGCAUCAGUCCGGUCCGGUGGUGCCCGAACUGCACAACAGAACCGUACGGUUGUGUAGUACCUGCGAUCAGUAGACGAAGGUUUAGUUAACGUGUGCAUAAUUGGAACACUAGAUUAGUUUUUCUUUUCUCCUGUGUGGGUAUCGUUUAGUGCUGUUGGUGAAGAUUUGCAAGCGCAGGAAACAAACCCGAAACAAACGGCAGUGCACAUGCAGCAGCAAUACACGGUCCGGCAGCAGCAGGAGGUUUGUUUGCAUCGUACGGAGAAGUCGUCCCUCGGUUCGACCGGCACAUCGUCGUGGUUGCUACGAUGCGAAAGCUAAGCCUCAGUACGGGCGCAGGUAUGUCAAGACAAUCGAAAAGUGUACCGCAGGCAAAGAAGGUGAUGCCACCAGCCGUCCCCGAUAUGUACGGGAAGAUCGGGCUAAGCAAUGGUAGCGGCGGCGGCGGCGGUCCACCAACGGCAGUGAUCUAUGACACGGGUGACGGGGCGGGUCGGAACGGUGGCACGGCGGUGGUGGCCGGUACGGUUAUACUGGAACAUCAUCAUCACCAGCACCACCACCAACAGCAACAACCGGCAAUGGAAACGGUUGGAUCGGUAGGAAACGUGACCGGUUCUGCUGCUGCUGGUACGUCCGCCGGUACCGGAGCGGCUGUUGUGGGUACAGGUGUAGGAGGUACCGGCAGUGUCACGACAGCAGCAGCCCCGUCCAGUUUGUUGCUACGCUGCGGCCCGGACGGUAUCGUCGAUUACGGUUUGGACGAUCAAGGCAUCGAUCUAACGCAAUCACCCGGCCGGGACAGUCCGGUAUCGCUGUCCGGAUCGGCCGGUUCCGGUUCGCGCCAUUCGACCGCUAGUUUAGAUUCUGGGCGUGCCUCUUCCUAUCUUACCGGUGCUUCCAACUCGUCGAAUCGCAGUGUGAGUGGUGUCGGAAGCUACGGCGUACUGUCGUCACCUCGCUGCUCCGUUAGCUCCUGUUCGAUCGGUUCGGGAAGCGGUGGUGGUCCUAACGGUGCCGGUGGGUGUAGCCACCGGUUAAGCAACCAUUCGUCCAGCGGCAGCCGUACCGAUCACGAUGUCAUCUCCGAGUGGCUGAUGGAGAUCCACUUUCACGAGUACACGUACCUGUUCCUCGAGGCUGGGUACGAUCUGCCAACGAUCGCGCGUAUGACGCCGGAAGAUUUGACCGCCAUCGGCAUACGGAAGCCGAACCAUCGCGAACGGUUGAAGCGCCACAUUGACGCACUGAAGCUGCCGGACGCACUGCCCGGUUACGUGCCCGGUUCGAUCGACGAGUGGUUGCGGUUGCUGCGGCUAGAGGAGUACGUGCAGCCGCUCCUUGCCCAGGGCUACCAGACCGUACACGACGUGACGCAGCUUACGUGGGAAGAUCUGGAAGACAUUGGGAUUGUAAAGCUGGGCCACCAGAAAAAGAUACUGCUCGCGAUCAAGCGCGUAAAGGAUAUCAUUAGCGGGAAGAUGAUGGGCGGUUCGGUGGCCGGUUUAGCCGCGUACGGUCUGUCACCGACGAUUACCCGUUCACCGGCGGGUGGUGGACACGUGCGGGCACACUACGACGACAUGAGCAUCGGGCUGCGAUCGGACUCAUCCAAGCAGCAGCACCAACACCAUCUAGCAGUGGCAGGCUCGUACAGUACCUUUCUGCGGCAACAAUCGGCACCGCCACCACCACCACAACCAUCCGCUGCCCUUGCCGGGGCUAGUGGUGAACAUUUUGGGCAUGGCCCCACAAUGGCAGCGCACCAUCAGAUGAUAACGUACCCGCACGUACACUUCGAUGGUACGCAGGCAAUCUAUCGGCGCAGCUCGUACGAUGACAGUGACAUUACACCCACGAACGAAAAGGCUUCUUCCGCCCUGCUGGCACUGUCGGAAGAUCAUCACCAUCAUCAAUACGUUGGGGCACCGGCCGGUCAGCAGCAGGGCUGGAUGCAGCAGCAACAGUUUGUACAGCAGCAUCAGCAGAUGGUUCAGCAGCAUCAGCAGCAGCAGCAGUACUUCCAGGGUGGCGGUACACUUCCACGGCAGCAUCAACGCAACAACUAUGGCGUCCGGCUGGCAUUGCUCAGCGGUCCACCCAACGCAUCCGGUGGACGGAGUGGAACCGUACGCCCCAUUGCCAAGAUUGUGGCCAACAAUCUGAAGCUACCGUCACCAGCACUGGACGGUGCGUCCGGUGGCGGUAUGGAAGGGGAUGUUGUCGAACCGGCCACCUAUCCGGUCCCGAUGCCGAUGCCACCGCUGCUCGGACAGAUCGAAAACGUCGAAAUGGCCACGGCGGCCCUGGACGCGAUGCACUUUGCCAACUACACCAGCUCGCCUUAUGCCGUCCAGCAUCAUCACCUGCAUCAUCACACGCUGACGCUCGUGACGAAGGACACCGGUACGUCCAGUACCGUUGCCAACAGUCCCUCCGUUACUUCGGUGGGUGCACAGCAGCAGCAGCAGCAGCAGCAACCGAUCUAUCACAAUCACCAGUCCAUGUUGUUACAAUCACACUCGCAACAGCAGCUGCUGCACCAUCACGCGUCCGCCUCCUCCUCGACCCAAUCGACCCCAUCGCCACCGACCCUCGGUCCGGGUGGUGUGGUAGGGAUGGUUGGUCCCGCUGGUACGCAGCAUCUUCCAUCCCACACGUACGGUGCGUAUGCCGGCCAAACGCUUCAAACGACGGUCGAGGUGCACAAGGUGUGCGGACAGCACGAUAACAAAUCCAACUCCAGCCUCGAAUCGAUCGAUCAGAUACCGUUCGCGAACGAGAAUGCUGGCACGAUAAAGCAGCGCUCCUCGCUGAACCGGAUGGAGCAUCACUACCAGCCGACGGUACCAUCCCAACAGCAUCCCCUGCUACUGCCCACACUUUCCUCGUCCUCUUCCUCGUCCUCGUCUUCGCUAACCGGUUCGAUAACGACCACACUGGCGACGGGCUGCAUACAGCAGCAGCUGUCAUCACCCUCGUCCACCCAACCGGUACCGGUAGCAGCAAGUGCAGCAAGCAACAUCACCACCCAUCCAACAGCAUCGACACCAUCCGCACCGUCUGCUGUACCGGCAACUGUACCAACAACAGCGACGGCUGUUGUAGCAGGCCAAUCGUCCGUAACGACGGGUACGACAAAGGACGACUCAUCAGCAGCAGCAGCGGCAGUAGCAACAUCCUCGCAGGACAUUUACGGUACCAAUGUGCUGAACGAUAUCGGUAACAUGCUAGCAAACCUGACGGACGAACUCGAUGCCAUGCUGGAAGAGGAAAAGUGCGCUGGCAUCAGUGAUAACGAGUAGAGCAAGCGAACCGUUUUCGAUGGAAGCAACGUCCAUUCUAGAUGAUCGGUUUUUAUUUCUAUUUUUUAUUCUUGAUAUCGAUGUAUGUGUGUGAUGUGUGUGAUAAAGCGUCCGGUACGUGUGAUAGACAGGCUUAUAAGUGACCCAUAUUAUUGGGCCGAACAGUGGUACUGAUGAAAGGACCCUUUUUCUUUUUUUCUUCUUUUUUUGAAUACCACAACAUUAAUCCCUGAAUUUCUUUGAAAACAAAAAAAUUGGGAGAAGACAAAUCAAAAAUUUGCGCAUAAUAUUUUAUUUCUUUCUUCCUUUCGAAUAGCAUUUUGUAGGGGAAAAAAAGCAUUGUUCUCAAUAACGAUACUGUAUGCGAUAGAAAAGGCAUACCAAUUUACGCGAGAGUAGAGGCAGUUAGAUCAAGUUUAGCAUAGUUUCGCUUCCUUUCUUUUACUUUGUUGUACCGCCCGCGUUUUUUUUUGCGUGUACACAUUUGAACUCUAAUUUAAGCAUUUAGUUUCAUCUUAAUAUUUGCCACAUACUGAGGUUUGAGGAUUUUUUUUGCGAUGUGUUAUGGUUACAAUCAGGGUGUAGGAUGCAUCGCGGAUGCAUCGAGUAGGGAUUGGAUUUAUAAAAAAAUAUUUUUGUUUUCCCCAUUUGCAAACACUUCUAAAAGAUGUAGGUGUUUUACAGGCACAACACUAGCAUCCGGUAAAGGCGGAAUGUCCGGGAACUAAAACAGAGCGAUGGCAGAGUUUCUAGUAUUGCCAGAUCUGGGCGGAAAACCAACAGCAUUCCCAUCAGUGCAGCUAUGAUAAACGUUUCUUCUUCCAUUUGCAGGCAUCGUGCGAUAAUGACAGAGAAUUUCAUCCAUAGCGUAUUUUUUCCGUUUUUAUUAGUGAUGAGCCGGCGCACUAGAAGCAAAAAGAAGGAACAUUGAUUGUUCCUCGAUAGUGGCAAAAUGUACUCGACAGGCAAGGGAUAGCGAAAUGGCAGCAAAAUUCGAUUUCACUAUACAGCUGUACGGAUGAACGUUACGUAAAAGGCGAGUUAGGAAUAGGAGGAUAAGAAGCGAAAAAGAGAGAAAGAGAGACUUAUCAAGCUCUUCUGGCAGUGUAACGUUUACCUGCGUGAGACAGAUGACGGGUCGUCGAAACAUUCGUUUAUUUACUGAAUUUUAAUUUUAAGGAAGCGUAAUCACGCUCAGUCAAAAGUAGAUGGACUUUAUCUAGAUAUAUACCUGUCCUUUCCUUCAUCUGCCCUAGAGUUAUUACUUAUUGUUCAUUGAUCGUUCGUUUCCAUCACUGUCAUGUGUUUCAUUAUCGGCUCGAUUAGUUGCGUACUAUGCUAAACAGUGUUAAGGAACGGUCUUUCUCUAGCGACAAGCGAAAAGGAAGGAAAAAAAACAAUCCUAUAAAAGCAAGCAGAGAACGAUGAUAAAGUUAAAUUUGCUUGAUUAGCACGCAAGCAGCUUUUUAGAGAAACAAAGAAGAAAAAACAAGUGUCAGCUCGAAUUGUUCGUUCCAUCCGUGUGCGCCCUCUUAUACAUCUUACAUUUACCCUUAGAAAACAUUACGGAUAGGAAGAGUUAUGAAUCAUAUAAUCCCGCGUUUGCCUAAUCUUCUUCCCCUUUCUCCCUAAAUACCAUCUUCAUCCCUUUUUCAUUUCUAGCAACUGUCCACUGAAUAGGCAGUACAUCCAAAAAUUUAAGAAACUCGUUAAGAUUAAUUCUUGUUCCCCUCCUCCCCCCUUUUUCUUUCCAUAUUUUCAUCUACUAUUUUUGGCGCUCAGGAGAACGCAUAAGCAGUAGUGUAGCUAUUAGUAAUUGUAGUCUUUAAAAGGAAACAGAAGAAGAAAAGAUAAACAAGAAAUUUCAUUUCGAACGAAGAAAAGCAUAACUAAAACCUAGACAGAAGCAGGCGGCUGGCUAAGAUUAGUGUCAAAAGCUCACUAAUCUCGGUACAUUUCAAAAAGGAAGAUGUUUAUCGGAUGGGGAAGAAAUGUUUUUGUGUCCCCCCACAUACAUACACUCACACACAUCCAUACAUAGCGCACUCACCAAUGCAUGUGAGGAUGUAGAAAUACGCAUGCAUGGAGAAUGCAAAAGUGAACCCAUUUCCUUUUGCAUCCUUUUCAAUGCUGUGUGUGUGUCAUUGUAUGAGCGUAUGUGUAUGUACUGUUUUGUGCUCUCCAAAUUCCAGAUCUCGUCGAUUUAAAAAAAGGAGAAAUGGAGUGUGACUAUAAUAUUUAAAAAUUAAAUUAAAAAACUGCAAGCAACAAUAACCCCAGGGUAUGUGGUAAUAGAACAAAGAAGCCUUUCAUGUUCCAACAAGCAAAAAAAAAAAAACAAAACAUUAAAUAAAAGAAGGGAAAGAAGCGCAGCAAAACAGAUACAAAACUAAAUCAUCUCUAGAAUGUAAAACAAAUACCGAUAAAACGUAAACAACAAUAACAAUUCUUCCGGCAGCAAAAAUGAAGCAAAAACAAAAAAAAAACCGAACAAGUCAGCUGUGCGUGUCGUCGCACAGCUUCUGUCAAACUUAUGUCAAAAGCGGGAUGCAAAUGGAAAUGGGAGAGGUAAUGGGGGAAAGGAGAAUAUUAUUAGUAGAAGUUUUAGAGGAUAUUACACGUAUUAAGUGAACGAUGAAAAAUUAGGAAAAUAUACAAAAAACUGCCCUCAGA